GGGCUGUUCAAAUAAGGGGUGCGGCUUUCGAUCCUCUUCGGGGUUCUCAAAACGUGAAUCCGAGCCAAUCUGUGAAGUGCGCGAGCGAGCGAACGUAUCGGGGCCCUUUGCAAUAAGAGGCGGCUGCUGGUUUAGCGUCCGUCGACGGUGCCUGCAACGGAGCAAGCGCUGAGCAGCGGCGGUGUGGGCACGAGUCUGGGAGUGCUCUGCGAAUGAUUGACUGGUAGUUCUGCGUGAAGACGGUGACAAAGUGCAGUGGACGGUAGCUUCUUCUAUGGUGGGAAGGAACCCUAAUUCAGUUCUCUUCCCUCCCUGGCGGGGUAAACUUCUGAACUCAAUUACACUUUGCAUUUCAUGACCCGUUUCAUGGAAUCGGAAAAGCUCUUAAUUUCACGAGGAAACCCUAGAAAUUCUGCAUAUCCAUCUGACCGCCCAAUCCCCACCACCAGCGGCAGGACUAUGCCCAAUGAGUUGCCACAAAAGCCUCCCCCUUCUAUAGCUCACCGGUUUAGAGCUCAGCUUAAGCAGCGGGAUGAUGAAUUUAGGGUUUCUGGCCAUGAUGUUGUACCCCCUCCUACCGCUGAGGAUAUUGUGCAGUUGUAUGACCUCAUGUUGUCGGAGCUCACUUUUAAUUCGAAGCCCAUCAUUACCGAUCUCACUGUUCUUGCUGAUGAGCAGAGAGAACAUGGGAAGGGCAUUGCCGACUUAAUUUGUGCGCGGAUUCUCGAGGUUCCAGUUGACCAAAAACUUCCUUCAUUAUAUCUAUUAGACAGCAUCGUUAAGAAUGUUGGGCACGAGUACAUCAGUUAUUUCUCAUCUCGUUUACCUGAGGUGUUUUGCGAGGCUUACAGGCAAGUUCAUCCUAAUUUGCACAAUGCAAUGCGCCACCUCUUUGGGACUUGGGCAACUGUGUUUCCACCAUCCAUCAUUCGGAAGAUCGAAGCUCAACUUUCUCAGCUAACAGCACAAGAGUCAUCAGGUUUGACAUCCUCGAGGGCUUCUGAAUCUCCUAGGCCAACUCAUGGUAUUCAUGUCAAUCCAAAAUACUUGCGCCAGCUGGAACACUCAGUGGUGGAUAAACUUUUAGCUUUACAGCAUACCCAAGAUUCAAGAGGGACCUCAGCUAUAAAAGUUCAUGAUAAAAAGCUUGCUUCUGGAUAUGAAGAGUAUGACUAUGAUCAUGCGGAUGCUCUUGAACAUGGUGGAGCUCAAGAAUUCCAUUCAAUGGGAAGCAUGGGCCAUGAUUCUUUUUCCCUUGGAACAAAUAAAGCAAAUGUAAAGCUAGCAAAAUCAUCUCUGUCUUCAAGAAUUGGACACCAUAGACCUCUACAAUCACUUGGUGAUGAACUUGAAUCAGUCAGAGCCUCACCCUCGCAGAAUGUAUAUGAUUAUGAAGGUUCUAAAAUUCUUGAUAGAAAUGAGGAUACCAAUAAAUGGAGGAGAAAGCAAUAUCCUGACGAUAAUAUGAAUGGACUUGAAAAUACUUCUUCAUAUAAUAUUAGAAAUGGACAUGCACUUGAGGGACCAAGAGCUUUAAUUGAAGCAUAUGGAAGUGAUAAAGGAAAAGGUUAUUUAAACGACAAUCCACCUCAAGCUGAACAUUUUUCUAUUAGUGGUAUAGACAACAAGGCAACUCCGGUAACAUGGCAGAACACUGAAGAAGAAGAGUUUGAUUGGGAAGAUAUGAGCCCCACAUUAGCUGAUAGAGGCAGAAAUAAUGAUAUGUUGAAACCAACUGUCCCACCUUCAAGAUUUAGGACAAGAUCAGGAUUUGAAAGAUCAAAUGCUAUGCCUAUAGAGCCAGGAAUGAGAAGCAAUUGGUCUAGUCAGGUUCAGCUACCGGGUAUUGAUUCCUCCAUAGUUAUUGAAGAUGUGGUCCAUUCAACACCUGAUAUUUGGAAAAUGCACAAUCACAUUUCUCAGACAUCUCAGAACCUCAUGAACAAUAAAGGACCGGGAAGAAAUUUCCAGAUGCCUAUGUUGGGGAGAGGCAUAACUUCCUCUGGUGGUGAGAAGAUGUCACCCUACGGUGACAAGCUUUUGACCAAUGAUGCUUUACAUAGGCCCACUAACAUUGCUUCGAGAUUGGGUUCUUCUGGUCUUGACUCUAACAUGGAGUCGCAAUCAAUUGUACAAUCUAUGGGCCCAAGGCAUCCUCUGAAUCUUUCUAACUCUUGCCCACCCUCCAGGCCUCCUGUUUUUCCUGUACCAAGACACAAUACAAGUCAGUUUGAGUCUCUAAAUGGUAGCAAUUCUUUCAUGAAUUCUGCAAAUAGGACUUUUUUGCCUGAGCAGCAGAUGAAUAACUUGAGAAAUAAGGAGCUAAGUCUUACAACUAAGUCACCACAAGUUGGCAACCAACAUACUGGGCAUAUUCCUUUAACUCGGGGAAACCAAUUGCAGUCCAUGCCUUUAAAGCCGCAAUUUCUACCAUCUCAGGACAUGCAAGAUAAUUUUAGUGGAUCAGCAGUACCUCCAGUGUUACCACAUUUAAUUGCACCAUCUUUGAGUCAAGGAUACAUUUCACAAGGACAUCGCCCUGCUAAUAGUGAGGGUUUGUCAAGUUCUGCCCCUAUUGGACAAUGGAAUUUGUCUGUUCAUAAUAGCUCCAGUAACCCUUUGCAUUUACAAGGAGGGCCGCUGCCACCUCUUCCACCUGGGCCUCAUCCUACUUCUGGUCCAACUAUACCUAUCUCUCAAAAGGUUCCUGGUCAGCAACCUGGAACUGCAAUUUCUGGCCUCAUAAGUUCUCUCAUGGCCCGGGGUUUAAUCUCAUUGAACAAUCAAGCUUCUGUACAGGAUUCUGUUGGGUUAGAAUUCAAUCCAGAUGUACUCAAGGUGCGACAUGAAUCAGCAAUAACUGCUCUAUAUGCUGAUCUUCCUCGACAAUGCAUGACCUGUGGUCUUCGAUUCAAGACCCAGGAAGAGCAUAGUAAUCAUAUGGAUUGGCAUGUCACUAAAAAUCGUAUGUCAAAAAGUAGGAAGCAAAAGCCUUCACGCAAAUGGUUUGUAAGUAUUAGCAUGUGGCUUAGCGGUGCAGAGGCUCUGGGAACGGAGGCAGUUCCAGGAUUUUUGCCUGCUGAGGUCGUUGUAGAGAAAAAAGAUGAUGAAGAACUGGCUGUUCCUGCUGACGAGGAUCAGAAGACAUGUGCAUUAUGCGGAGAACCUUUCGAGGAUUUUUACAGUGAUGAAACAGAGGAGUGGAUGUAUCGGGGUGCUGUCUAUAUGAAUGCACCUGAUGGACAAACAGCCGGCAUGGAUAGAUCUCAAUUAGGGCCCAUAGUGCAUGCUAAAUGCAGGACUGAAACUAAUGUGGUUCCCUCUGAAAGUUUUGACCAAGAUGAAGGGGGAGUUAGUGAAGACGGUAAUCGAAGAAAACGAUUGCGGAGCUAGCCUAGAUGGAUUUCUUUACUCUCUUUGUAGCCUAUACAAGUUUUUUCCACAUGAUUUCUUGUUCUCACAGUAGUGUUAGCUAGAAUUUACUUGGAUUAUGCUUGAAUCAUUGUAUAUUUAAAAAUGGAAAUUUUCAUGCGCAAUAUAUUGCAAUCUAAGAGAGGCUAACCCUCAAUCUCA